GUUACUUUACAACUCAAAUCAGUUGCGUUUAGUCUUCACAGCGGAGAUAGUAUCAAGGUCAUGUGAAGAAAUCACAAAGAAUUUUUCGCGCAUGUUGACAACGUAAGAAGAAAAGUAAGCAAGAGAUUACGAGCACAAUAAAGAGAAAAAAUAAUUAAAAUAUUUUAACAAUAUAUUAAAGAAAAGACGUGUUGACAUUUUGUAGUUCGUGUUAUGUUUAAAAUGGGGCCUACGUUAUUUAUAUUUUAUGCACUGUUUGUAUGCAAUAUUCAAAAUAUUCCAGCAACACCUGUAAACAUUAUUGGAAUUAAAAAAGUUCAAGAGACUGUGAAAAAUUAUAUUGCAAAAGAGAAAAAAUACGAAGAAAAUAAAGAAGAUGAAGAAGAAGAAGAGAGGUUGAGGAAAGCACAUAUUCCAGAAUAUAUGAGGAACUUGUACAAAAUUUUAAACAAACAAGCCGAUGCUGGACUUUUGCACGAUGCCAACAUUGUUCGCAGCUAUUUCGACCAAGGUACAACAACAACCGAAAUGGAACAGCAGUCGUACCAAUUCGACAUUGUCGAUAUAAAUAGAAAAAGAGAAAAGCUAAUAAAAGCAGAGUUAAGAAUUUUUAAAUAUCCAAACAGAAAGAGGACCCCGUUGGCAAGCUUUGUUCAGAUUGACGUUAAAGACAAAAAUACCAAUAAAAUUAUUAGCUCACGGAUUUUAACAUCCAGUGGAAGCGGAUGGCAAGUAUUUCCCGUUACGAACAUUGUCAGUGCAUGGAUAUCGAAAGAGCAUUUAAAUAAAGGCGUACAAUUAUCAGUACGCUCCCUAUAUGGCGCUAACGAAGAAAUAAAAUUCGCAACAAAGAAAACAGUUAGAAGAGAGCCGAUUCUCGUCGUUUAUACAAAAGACAGUUAUGAUCUAGUACUAGCAACUCUUUCAAACUUAAAACAAAACGCCGCUGCUUUUUUUGCGACAAAGACUAACGCUGAACCUUCUGCAGAAGAAAGCAAUCUGCCCAGAAGAGUACGGAGAAGAGCGCGAUUUGAUCCGUGUCGUGUGGAGGAACUGAGUGUACCCUUAGUGCAAAUUGGAUGGCAUAAAAGUUUCGCCGCUCCACGAAAAUUCAGAAUAAACCAAUGCAAGGGUACCUGUGGAUAUGAUGCUUCAAAGGCAUACCACAAACAAACAAACCAUGCGAUAGUCCAAGCUUUGUAUGCUGCUAUAACAGGUGGUAGAAAGACUUCUUAUCCUUGUUGUGCUCCUUCAAAAUUUGCUCCUGGCAACGCCUUAAUUGUUGACCGAAUGCCAAGCGGAGAAGUUGUGAAGGUUGUUUCCCUAGAAAAAUUGACGGUAGUUCAAUGUCAGUGCUUAUAACUAAACGUGAGAGUAUAAAGUGUUGUCGUUACCUAAAAAGCUUAUUUCAUGCGUAGCUGUAUCGCUAAAGAUGAGUAUCCUUUAUAGGAGCACUUUUAGCUAAAUUUAACUUCUUAUUCGGAAGAGAAAGAUAAACAGACAGUUAUAGGUUGAUAUCAAAUGAAUUUACUCUCUUCCAUCAGACACAUUAUGCAAAUCAGUUUGUAUAAACCCUGAGAACAAUUAAAAACCAAAUGUUAUUGAUAUCAAUUAUUCCGUAAAUGGAUGUGACCAGGAAUUAUGAGGGCAAAUACUUCGAUAACAGCCCAAAUGAAGAGAACCAACAAUUUAUGUGUUUAAAGAAAUUCUGCCUUGAAGGCACUUUUAAUCCCCCCCCCCCCCCCACCCAAAGUAUCCGUUGUUGUAUUAUAUGGUAAAACCUUGCGAUAUGAAUUUUUAUGUAUAUAAAAGUUUAAAGGAGAGUAUUUAUUGCUUAUUUAAAUGAAGUAUUUUUAUGUCUUUUUUUUGUCUAUUCAUACUUCUCACAUACUACUUGCAAUCACACACA